AUGUCCGUUGCCUCGGGGAAGCUCUCCAGAGCAAGCUCCGGCAUCAAGCACACCAAAUCUGCAAUGUCAAACGCCACCAGCUUUUUCCGCCGCAUCUCGAUGGGAUCGCUGACCUCGCUGCUCUCCUGGGAGCGGAAGGGCACCGGGAACUUCGAGCUACACCAGGACGAGGAUGCAUCCACAGCCUCGGAAAGGGGACUGACCUUGGAGGAGCGGCUAGAGAAAAUCGUGCUGCCUGAUAUCUUGACUGCCGACCACGAUGUGGCUGCUUUGUAUUUCUUCUCAGAUACCAUGCUCUCCAAGCGGACGAAAGUGGUGAUCCGACUCGUGUCUGACAAGAAGACAGACAACUUGCUGGCUUGCAAGCAGCACAAUCUCAGGAAAGCAGACAGAAGUUCCAAGCACGACCGAACACCUGAUUUGAUUAAGCGCCAGGCAAUCAUGCUCUACGAAUGCCGCGAUCAUCCGAACAUCAUCCGGCUCCAUGAACUCUUCAUCGGUAAUGGCUACUUCUACGAGAUCUUGGAAUAUGCCAGCGGCGGAAGGCAGCGGCCUCGUCUUCAGGUAGAA